AAAGUGCUGGUGGCUGACUACAUAUAGUAGCUGGUUGUCGGCUUUAUUAUUCUCCGUUCUUUGUUCUGUGGGCGUUCUUUUCACCCUCACAGGUUUGCAUAUAUUUCCUUGGUCACCAUGAACGGUUUAAAGAUAAUUACGCACUGGUGUCCAUCCAACAUUCUUGCCAGAGAUUCCAAAGUCAAACAAUUUGCACUCAUCAUUUUGAACCAGCCCAUUAAACAUCUGGAAACUUUUAAUCGUCUUUGGGCUAAUGCCACUUUUCGUUUCUGUGCUGACGGUGGAUCGAAUCGACUUUAUGACACCUUUAAACAUGACAGCCACAAACUUCGAUUGUAUCUACCAGAUGAAAUUAGAGGCGAUCUUGACUCGCUGCGGGUAGAUGUUAAAGAAUAUUAUGAAAGCAUGAAUGUCAAGAUUACAAGAGUAGCGGAUCAAGAUUCGACAGACUUUGACAAGGUCAUUGCUUUGUUAAAGGAAAAGGAAGAAGAGCUUGGAAAAGUGUUUGAUAUUGUUGCACUUCCAGCACUUGGUGGUCGGUUCGAUCAGACUAUGCAAAGUAUUAAUGUGUUAUACUCGAUGAUGCAUGAAGUUGAACGGAGGACGAUUCUUGUAAGCGAUGAAAGCUUGACCGUGCUCAUGGAUAAGGGCACCCACCAUAUUCACUGUCAGCCGGAAUAUGAAGGUCCUACGUGCGGGUUGAUCCCCAUCGGCGCUCCGGCUACUUUGACAACGCGAGGCUUAGAAUGGAACUUGGAUCACCGAAAGUGUCACUUUGGAGGCAUGGUCAGCACGUCGAACUCUAUUGCUAAAGAUUUGAUAGAGGUGGAGACCGAUUCGCCUAUCGUCUGGACGAUCGAAAUCAAGCACAGCGAGGGAAAGCAGGAUGAUUUCGACGAGAGUUAUGUCGAGGAUGACGACGAAUAAGCUUAGAAUUAGAGAGCAAUAAUCUUGGUGGGAUGUCUUGGACAAAAGAAGUAAUAGAUACAGUAGAGAAAGAAGAUACCUUGAAAUCAGCAUCCUUUUUUUUUCCCACAUGUGCUGAACCUUCUCCGACGAACACAGGUAGUUUCGGAGACUCUGUUGUUUUUUUCUGAUAUACACACUUUCCCUGUUGUUCACACACUCUAUCGCACACGCACUACCCCACACACACACACACACACACACACACACAACCACUUCCUUUCUCUCGCUCAGCUCUUUCAUAAUUAUCUUCCUUUUUCUUGUCUACAUUAAUAUACAAA